AUGAUUAUAAAUUCAAAUAUUAAAACACUGUUGGAAGAAAGAUCAAAAAAGAUAACAUCAUCGAUAGAGUUUGGCUUGUUGAUUGGACAGCAAAGUAAUAUUAACGAUGAAGCUUAUGUUUUAGGUUUCUUCCCCUCACCACCACAACUAUCAGAAUAUAGCGAUACAAAUACUGAAAAAAAGCAAGAACAACAAGAAAAAAUAACAACAAAUGAUUUAAAAAAGCUAAUUGAUAAAGAAUGGAUUUUGGAAUUUUGCUUUCAGGUUUAUAGAAUGUUAUAUGGAGGAAUUUCAAUAGUUGGAUUUUAUAUUAUAACGCCAGAUAACGAAAUAUUAAAUGACGAUGAUGAGUUUUUUAUAAAGCUUUUGAAAUUUUUGGAUGCAAAUAUGACCGAACCAAUAAAAUCUAUACAGUUUAUUUCAUACUCACUCAAAACAAAUUUAAUUAAUGGUAAAUUAACAAACUCUUCAUUAAAUUAUAGAUUAAAAUCCACAGAAAUUAAAAUAAUCAAUAGUCUAGAAAAUGAAUUUUUAAAAUUUAGUUGUAAUUUCCCUAUUGAUAUUGUGCUACAUUCAAAAAAAAAAAUUGAGGAUAUCAACGUUGUAGAUUUGAAGAAACAGGUUAAAGAGACAUUUAAUAAUCUGUUUAAAGACUCAUUGUUUUUAAUAGACAAUGAAGUCGUAAAGGAAAAUAUAAUAUCAUCAACAUUAAAAAAUAGCAAUAAUAAUAACUUCUCAAUAGAUAUUUUAAUAAAGCAAUUAGACAGUAAUUUUACAAUAGAAAGCUCCAAUACACCAUUUCAUUUUCAAUUUAAUUCCAAUACCAAUUGUAUAGCAUUUGCACAUAAAUCAGAACAGGUUUCGACUAUUUAUCAAUAUAUUAAACAGGAUAUUAUUAAAUCUUUUGAAUCCAGAUUGGAUAUUAUCAAUGAUGAACUUUUAAAUAAUCCAUCAGUUGUUUCAAAUCAAUCAAAUAGUAUCUUAACAAUAUCAAAUGACUUACCUAUUCUACUACCAAGAAGGGUAAAUAUUCAAUGGAUCGGAAAUUCAAUUACAAUUUGCGACUAUCUUUCAAAUCAUGAUGAAAUUAACGAUUGCAUUGAAAGAUUAUCAGAUUUAUUACAAUUCGAUUCACCUUCUUCAAAAAUUAUCUCAUAUGAAAAGCUUAAUUCAGUAUCACCUUUAAAUGGAAAUAAUACAAAUAAUAAUGGCAUAGAUAAUAAUAAUAAAUUAAAGUUAGAUAAUAAUAACAACAUUAAAAACAAUACAGUUAUAAAUAGACACUCAAAUUCACAAUCAUCCAAUGUAUCAUCUACUCUAUCCCCAAUUUCAAAUACAGUCCCCAAAAAAAAUAUUUUCAAAGAUAAUAAUAAUUUUUAUUUAAUAAUAUUAUUAGUUUCAAUUAUAGUAUUAUUAAUAGGAUAUUUUUUUAAAUAA